AUCAAUCUUAUCAUUGCUAUUUUGUCUAUUUCUGCAGACUCAGCAAGUUUUAUCUUUUACAACACGCUGAAAAUGCGCUAGCACUUAUUGAAUGGUUGGUGCAACGCAUGCAUGUGCAUUGAUCACAAAAGUUGCAAUUAAUGCUAUGGAAUCUAACGGUACCAGUGCGGUGUCUGAUUUGUCCCAUGAUACGAAACAGGCUGGUGUGAACAGCUACGUUGAACAAUGGAACGAUUAUUUUGAGGGGCAUGAAAAUUUGAUUGAAUAUUUGAAAUACAAAACGUACUCUCACAGUUUGAGACGAUGCCAUUUUCGAAGUGUGUGUUGGAGGAUUUUCUUGCAUUGUUUACCUCACAAUACAAGUGAAUGGCCAGCAGCAUUGGUAAAGUCCCGUGCAGAGUAUGAUGUCAUAAAAGAGAGAAAUAUUACGAUUCCGAAUUCCGAGAAACAACCCUCCAAUAUUGAAGUGGAAAAUCCUUUAUCACAAAACGAUGACAGCACCUGGCUUCAAUAUUUUCGAGACAAAGAACUUCGAAACGAUAUUGAACGAGACGUAAGACGAACUUUCCCAGAAAUGGAUUACUUCAGUAAAGAGGACGUACGCCACGCAAUGGAAAAUAUUUUAUUUUGCUACGCACGCGAGCAUACUAACUUGUCGUACAGACAAGGAAUGCAUGAGCUUCUCGCUCCUAUUCUGUUUGUUCUUCAUUGUGACCUACAAGGUGCUUUCCAUACCCAAGAAAUGGGGGAACUCCCGCCGAUUAUUCAAACUGUUUUCCAACAAAAGUAUUUGGAAAAUGAUGCUUACACAAUGUUCUGCCAACUAAUGAGAUCAACUAAUCCGUGGUAUUCAAUCAACGAAAUUGAACCGGAGUUGCCACUAGAGUGUGCUAAGAACAAUGACCCCAUACCUACAGUACCCUUCCAACCUUCUGAGGAGAAUAAUGCGGGACCACCUUUAGAAAUAACAAACAAAUUGAAUCGAAUCCAUAACGAUCUGCUUGCUACGUACGAUCAUGAACUGUAUUAUCAUAUCAGCAGAUUGGAGAUUAUUCCUCAAGUUUAUGGACUGCGUUGGGUACGAUUAUUAUUUGGACGAGAAUUUGACCUUCAAGAUUUGCUUGUGUUGUGGGACACCAUGUUUGCUGAUAGUUCUGCUUUAGAUCUGGUCGAUUAUAUUUUCGUGGCAUUAAUGGUUAACAUAAGAGAACAGUUGUUAGCUGCUGACUACUGCACAUGCAUGAGGAUAUUAAUGAAAUAUCCUCCAAUUGAAGAUAUUUUUGACAUCGUGCAUCUUGCUAUUUAUUAUAGAGACCCUAAGAACAAUCGUCGUCCAUCUCACAGUCGAUUCAAGUUCGAACCACGUCAAACCGAGAAACAACCAGUAAAAAAGACCAAAAGUUCCAAUGGGAUUUUUUCGGGGCUCAAAAUUGACAAUCUCUUUUCCAACUUUGGAAAUGAAUUUAAACGAGCUGUAUCUACUCCUAAAGCAGCAAAAAAACCAACGUAUCAAGAAUUCAACACACCAGUAGAUCGACCAAAAUCUCGAUCAACGUCGUUUGAAAAACCUCCUUCAACUAAUGACGAGUUAGAAGACAUGCGUGAGAUACAUCAAGAUUUGCAACAGAAAUGUUUGUUUUGCGCCGAUAAGUUAGAAGCGAAUAUUCGAUUGUUACAGCAUCACCUAGUGGAUAAAAGUUCCAAUGAGGGUUCAGUUAAAGAAGAGAAUGGACAUUGUGGUGUCACGAAGAAAAAGGAAGAAGUGUUUUUAGCGCUGGCGAGUUUAAAACAAGUUCGUGAUAUUCUCCGCGGCUCAUUAAAUCUCAACCAAUCAGCAAACAGCAAGGAGAUCACAAACAUAGAAAACUUAAAAUCUCGUCUCGAGGACCUUCCCCUGCCUCCACUUGAAAGUCCGAAAAAUCUAAACAACGAGGGUGACUUACCCACCGAAGCAACCCUUCAAUAAGGUUUCAAAAACUUUACCACUGAUGAUACAAAUGGAUUAAGUAAGUCGCAAAAAUUUCACUUUUUAACAAAAAUUAUUAAAAAGUUUCGGCCCAUUGUGUAAAACGUAAAAUCUAAUUCAUGCAUUUUUAAAAAUAAAUUGGUUCGUCUCAAAUAGGUCUAAAAAUUACCGUAUUUUGUGACUAAAUUUAAAAGCUUGAGAAUUCAUAAAUUGUUUGUAUGCUAUGUCAACUUUCAUAAUAGAAUCAUACCUGCACCACGUUUUUUGUCAUACCAGUUUAUAUUCAAAAUCCUUAUAAAUCCCUUCAAUUUAAAUUCAAGCUUAACUUUGUCAUAAAACUCACUCCUAGUCAAAUGUUUUCUGUUUAAAUUUUUUUUUUUUUUUUUUUUUAAGUUUUCGGCAAUACAACCCAGUUUUUAGAAUAUUU